AUCACCGCGAAAUCGAUUAGUGAUGGCUGUGUGUUGUAAUUUAUGCUUGAUUAGUCUGUUAUUUACAAGUUUACAGAUAUCAACAGCGGACUCAAAGAUCUCAGAUGUUGUUUAUAAUCUUUCAAAAGAGUCUGCGGUGAGAGAACCCAGCGUGUUUUUAGCGAUCAUAGCUCGCAAUGCGGCUCAUCUUCUUCCUAACUGGCUCGGAUACAUCGAGAAUUUGGAUUACCCAAAAAAUCGAAUUUCUGUCUGGAUCAGAUCAGACCAUAAUGAAGACAACACAUCAGCAAUAUUACAGGAAUGGUCUCAAAAUGUAAAGCAUUUAUACCACAGAGUGUUAAUAAAUGUGUCUGACACUCCCAGCCACUAUGACAAUGCCAAAGGUCCAGGCGAGUGGACUGAGACUAGAUAUCGACAGAUGAUGUAUCUUCGACAAAGGGCUCUGGAUAGUGCAAGAAAACAGUGGGCAGACUAUAUAUUUUUUGUGGAUUGUGACAACUUCUUAAUCAAUCCUAGGACACUGAGACUUUUGAUGGAGGAGAAAAAGACUGUUAUUGCACCAAUGAUUGAAGUGUUUGGUGGGAAGGCUGCAUAUUCCAAUUUCUGGGGUGGAAUGGAUGAAGAGGGGUACUAUGCAAGAUCUGAAAAGUACUUUCCAAUGCUUCAAAGAGAGGAAAAGGGCUGUUUUGAAGUACCAAUGAUACACUCUACUAUCCUGAUAGACUUACGGAAGACGAUAACUGAUAAGUUGAGGUAUAAUCCACCUCUAGCAAGUUAUCACGGAGAAGAGGAUGACAUUCUUGUUUUUGCACAUUCAGCAAGGACAGCUGGGAUAAUGCUGAACCUUUUAAAUAAGGAAGUUUAUGGUUACAUGUUAAAGCCUGCAAAUGAUAAUAAUACCUUAGAAGACAUGAAGAUUGACUUCACUCAUGAGAAACUGGAGUGGUUUGUUGAUCAUCCAGAAGAAUUGAUGCCUGUUAGUUCACAUGUUUCUGUCCAAAAUACUCCUCCUGGAAAGCUGGGCUUUGAUGAGAUAUAUCUCAUCAACCUCAAAAGGAGGCCUUUGCGUAGGAAAAGGAUGCUGGCAUCCCUUAAAGAGUUAGGAAUUAGUGUUAAGAUGUUGGAUGCUGUUGAUGGCAAAUCAUUAACUGACCAACAAGUGAAGGACAUGGGAAUAAAGAUGUUACCAGGUUACAGUGAUCCAUAUGGAAAAAGACCUCUAACCAUGGGAGAGAUCGGAUGUUUCUUGAGUCAUUACCUUAUAUGGGAAGAGAUGAUUAACAACGGCUUAGCUCAAGUGCUGGUGUUAGAAGAUGAUGUACGAUUCGAACCCGACUUUAGAAAUCAGCUGCAAUAUUUGCUUGAAGAGGCGAACGCCCUGUCGAGCAAAUUCCACUGGGAACUAAUUUAUAUUGGACGGAAGCGAUUUCACAGUAAGCCCGUAGAAAUGGUGCCUGGAGCACAAGCACUGGCCUGGGCUGACUACACCUAUUGGACGCUGGGAUAUGCUAUCAGUUUAAGCGGCGCCCGCAAGCUCGUGUCUGCUAAACCCCUUGAGAAGAUGGUAGCCGUGGACGAAUUUCUGCCGAUCAUGUUUAACAGACAUAUAAAUUCGGAAUGGAGUAGUCACUUCUAUCCUCGAAACCUUAUUGCGAUGACAGCCGAACCGUUGCUCCUGUACCCAACUCAUUACGUUGGAGAUGACGGUUACUUCAGCGACACAGAAACAACUGGCCUGAUUCCACCGGAACUAACUCAAACUGAGACCCGACUUAAGGGACUGAAAGCGGGAAAAGUUGAACUUUGACCUUGUUUACAGAAGCCGCCAUUUGUACAUGUCGUAUAACGCCUGCCAAGGAAAUGAGGCAAAUUAGGUAUAAACCGAAUUUUGACGUAAAGUGUUAUUGUUAAGUUAGGAAACUAAGGUAAGAACUGUGCGGAAUUUGCAGUGCUUUCAAGCUCACUGGCACUCCAUUAUUAAAAACUGAACUGAUUCUGUUCGGCAAUUUCCGAGUUGUCUUUUGCCUCUGUGUCAAAACGAGUUUUCGUGCAAAACUAUUCUUAUGAAAAUGUGUUCCGCCUACAGAUUCACUUUCAUGUAUACGAGACUCAUUUUCAUGACAGGUUUUGCACAAGAACUUGCUUUGAAACAGAGGCACAAGCGAACUCGCAAUCACUAAUUGCUGUAGUUAAAAAUGUAAUUCAAGACUGGACUCUUUAUAGAGCCUGGAACCUCGCAUUUUCACAAGAGAGAUAAUGACGUACACUAAAAAAAUAUUUCCCCCGAGCAAUUAUCACCCAAUCGAUCGGAGAUGGUACUGAUCUCAGAGGAUGCUCACUACUUCCAUCCCCAGGGGAGUACCUCAGCGUCAUUAGUAUGGAAAGUUUUUCUCUCGAAUGUCAGAUGUCUCUAUCAAAAGGAUAGAAAAACUGCUCUCCAGUUAGCUACGACAUAGGGGCAGGGGGGGCAGGGGGUGGGAAUGCUUCCAUACCGUUGAUCAAGUCGCUCAUGCUACAGAGUGUCAGACUACAUGCAGCUCCACUGGACUGCUGUUAUAGCUCAGAU